CCUCAGUUGUCCAACAAAAAUUGUUGGCCCGCCGAAAAAAAAAAUUUUUUGUCUCUCGCACUCGAACGAGCACCCAAGAAAAAAAGACCUGCUGCAGCAACACAACCCCUCAUCACCUCAAAUCACUGCCAUCGAGGGACGACAAUACCGCCCGAGGAUCGCAUCAUUCAUCCCAUCAUCCUUAAUCAAAACAUCUGCAACUCACUCGUCUCAUCAUUGCUCAUCUAAUGACCAUCCCCUCAUUCAUAAUCAUCUUUGCCUGCUAUUCCUGCUGAAAAACUACCCUACCUUGCCUUGUCUUUCCUUUUUCUCCCUUUCCCCAUUUUUUCUUAUAAACUGCGCAACCCGAAAAAGGCCACACCUGACCCGUACAUUCUUGAUUUACGUACACACACAACCUGCCAAUCAAAACCCAUCUUUUAUCACAUACACACCACAGCUGAGUCAGCCCUUGGUUCACUAUGAAGAACGUCGGGGCCCGUUUCAGGAACCGUAAGAUCAACAACAAGCAGCUGUUGCAUGUCUAUCGCGCAGUCGAUAUCCCUGAUCUCGAUGAGUCCGUCAGCUUGCAACGCAGUAUUCCUCAGACAGAGACCGGUGUUGACAAGGAGGAAGAGUCGGAACACCACUUGCAAGCUGCGAUCUCUGCAUCCAAUCUCUCGAGUACCACUGGUGAGGCCAAGGCCCUAUAUAUUCCUACCCCUGAUGCCAGUCGCAAGAUUGAGAACUACCACGACUUCUACAGUCGUGCGUUCACUGAGCCCUCUACGCUCAUUCGAUUCUCGUCUACAGUUGAGGACUGUAUUGGCUGCCCAUACAACAUGGACGAGGAGGACGAAAAGUGGUUGAAAGAGUUCAACGAGAAGCGGGCUGCAGAGGAGGAGAAGCUGGACGAAGACCACUUUGAACUCAUCAUGUGGCAGUUUGAGAAGAUCACGAACGAGCGCGUUCCCUAUCUGCAGCUUGAUACCAAUCAGAUUCCAACCUUUGAUGACCUGAAGGCCACGUUCACCGUUCCACAGCUCCUGGCAGUCAGAAACAUAGCCUCCGCCGUUUACCCUUGGUGGCAAGAGAGAAGGAUCAAGCGGGGCGGCAAAGUCAUCACACCUCAAUUGAAGUUCGAGGAGGUGGUGCGCAAUGAAGCUGAUCCGUACCUGUGCUUCCGUCGUCGUGAGAGCAAGCCUAUUCGCAAGACCAGACGCACUGACCAACAGUCGAUCGAGAAACUCAGGAAGCUGCGAAUGGAGAUGGAGAGCGCCCGCAGUUUGCUGGAGAUGGUCUCACGCCGCGAGAAAGUUCGCAAGGAAUCGCUUGUGCUUGAGCAUAUGAUCUUUGAUCAGCGAUGCAAGGUGCGUGAGUACCGGAGAAACCUUGGCAUCAAGGACGACGACGACGACUUGCAGCACCAGAAGAAGAAAAUGCGCAAGAUGGGAGAGACAAGUGCGACCAUCCGCAUCCCACUCAACUUCAAGGAUCGCGACUCGAUGUCCUCGCACGACGACUCCAAGAAAGAUCGCUCGGGUCUUUCUAGCAUUGAAUCAGAACUUGCCAAGCGUCGUGAGGACGAUGUUGGCUGGGAAGAUCUCACAGAUAACCCAUCCCAACAAUCCUUCCCCGUACACGUAUCGCAGCAAUGCUUCAAGCCAUUGCGUGCAAGCAAGGAUGUUUAUUUCAGAAGGCGCAUCGGUCGCGGUGGCCGUAUCCAUAUCGACCGCCAUCUUAAUCGUCCCAGGAAUGCGUUCAGGGAUCCCUACGAUUACUACGACAACAUCAAGGACGUCUAUGGUUACGACGGCAUUAACACCUUUGACAAGUUCCGCUUCGACGACGACUCAUACGAUCACCACGAUGAUAUUGUGGAUGACUUGCGCGAUGGUCUGAUCCGUUAUCGAUGCACACUCUUGUCCGAGACGGACCUCCGGAGCCUGUCCACAUCGACGAGACACCACUUUAUCUCGAUCGGUCAUCCUGGUCAUGCACAGUAGAGAUAUCCUCCUGUGCUCUUGUUCUCCACUCGUUACUUCAAUUCGGCAAUUUGACCAUCCGACUCGCAUCU